UGCAUCUUCUAGUCUGUAUGCCAUAUAAUGUGCUCUGCGCACUUUGUUUUAGUUACUGUUGUAAUUGUUUCAUUGACUCUGAACAAAUAGUAUUAGAAAAGGAAAGCGACCACCACCACCUAGAUGUUGUACCGUUCAAGUCCGGAUAAAAGAGUGAUGCUGGCGAUUCAUUGGCAGGAAGAGGUGAAGGGGGCGGAGUUGGAUGCCAAAACCAUUGCAAGGAAUAGAGCCGGGGGGUUGUGCACCACGGACUGAUGGUGCCGAACAGGGCAGCUGUGUAUUUUGAGGACCUGCAAAGAUGCUUUUAUGUGCGAAUAUUUUUCCUUGGACUGUCUGUAUCUGAAUUAAGGCACGUACUGAGCACUAUGGCAGGCGCAGUGAGCAGCAGGGGUUGUAAGAAAAUCAGAGGCUCGCAGAUAAGAGAUCUCCUGGACGCGAAAAGCAGCGUCCUUUUCGACUGCGACGGUGUCAUCUGGGAAGGGGAAAAGGCUGUUGCAGGAGCGCCGGAGGUCGUGAGUUUGCUGAAGAAAGAAGGCAAAAAGGUCUUCUUCGUAACCAACAAUUGCACCAGGCCUAGGGAGAACUACCUGCAGAAGUUUACCAGGCUGGGCUUUACCGAUGUUGAGCAAGAAGACAUUUUUAGUUCGGCGUACUGCUCCGCUGUGUACCUGCGGGAUGUUGCCAAAGUGCAAGGCAAGGUGUUUGUUAUUGGAGGCGACGGAGUGUACAAGGAGCUGCGGGAAGCCGGCGUACCCUUCGUGGAAGGAGAGGUUGAUGCUCCGGACGUGACCAUUUACGACUGUCCAUUGGAUUCGGACGUCAAGGCGGUUCUGGUCGGAUACGACGACAAAUUGAAUUUUCUGAAGUUAGCUAAAGCGUGCUGCUAUUUGCGGAACGCGGCAUGUUUGUUUUUGGCCACAGACCCAGACCCUUGGCAUCCUCUCCGAGGCGGGAGAGUUACACCAGGGUCUGGAAGUCUCACGGCUGCCUUGGAAACCGCGACCAACCGAAAGGCCACAGUGAUCGGGAAGCCAAGCAAGUUCAUGUUCGAGUACAUUGCCAGUCAGUUCGAUGUUGACCCCUCGCAGUCUCUGAUGGUGGGCGAUCGGCUGGAAACAGACAUCCUGUUUGGUGCCAAUUGUGGGCUCGCAACAAUGCUCACCUUGACAGGGGUGUCAAAACUCGAGGAGGCUCAUGUCUACAUGGACAGCGAGACCCCAGAAAAAAAGAAUUGUGUACCAGAUUAUGUGGUGGACAGUAUUGCUGAUUUUCUGCAAGCUUUGAAUGCCUGAUUUCUGUGUGAUACCUCAGCAGAAGACAGACCAACCACAAAUAAAAAUCUCCUGUGAGCCGAGGAAACCCCGCCUUACACAAGUGUGACUCUCCGUUAUGCCUAAGUGGAAUUGUAUCUCAACUGACAGCCCCUAGGAGUUGUGUAGCACAUAGCUGCAGAUAGCAUGGUUUCUUUCAGUACCUCCUCCUAUGAAAUAAUUAAAUUCCAUUUAAGCAGCAGCGCAGUUUCUGUCUCACACUUCUGAGGUUCAGCAGUGUGUAAAUUGCAAUCCCCGGUAACAUAUUUAAAUGUACUUCUGAAUAUAUUUAUUCCAAGAACAUUUUAACAAGUGUAAAUGAACUUGGUUAACACACUUGCAAAAUGGCACAGAGUGUGACCAUGAUUAUGCUUUCAGAGAGAUUGCUGCUUUAUUGUAUUUUUUUACAAUUACAAAUUAAUAUGUUUUGCCUCUCUUUAAGUUUUUAAAAUGUAGUUUGUGGAUUUUAGAUUUAUUGUUUGCAUUUUACAUGAAGUACUGAAAAUGGUUGUAAUUCAAGUAUUGGACAUUUUCAAAGAAUAGGCUGAUGGCACGCCGAGUUCAGAGGUCGUUUAUUUUCCUUUAGGGCAUUGUUUCCCUGCCUUAGGAGAACAUACUGUAAACAGUAGUGUUUUCAAAAGGGAACUGCAUAAAUUGUUUGUGCCUUUGGCUCCGAAAAGGAAAAUUAACUGCAGCAGUUUUAAGAUAAGCUAAAUGGUAGUUCUUCAACUUUUUUUUCAGAGGAUUUAGUUACUCUGAUAUUUACCACAAAACACUAACAUUGUUAUUUAAAAAAAAUAGAAUCACCACAGUGUCAACUCAAGAGUACAUUAUCUGCAGGGCGUCAUGAGAUCCUUUAUGCAAAAAGGGAGUUGAAAGAUGGUUUCUUCGGUGUUUGUUGUUUUGCGUCAGGGUUGUUGCUUAGGUGUGAGAAUUUUCACUGACUUUAGAACAUCAAAUCUCUUCACAAAUUGUAUACUUUGAGAUUCAGCUUUCGUGUCAAAAUUGACAUUCAGUGUUUUUUAAGUUCAGCCUUCAGAACUGGUGUGCUUAAUUGUCUGCCUAUUAGCCCACUUUUACUUUUUUUAGGACUGUAAUAAAGUGGAUUCUUUCAUGAUGCUCUGGACUGACCUAGAUCUCUCAGAGCUAUACUGGGAGUCCAGUGGUGGACCUAAGUUUUUAGUAUCUAUUUUUUUUCACUGUUUAAAUAUGCUUGUAUUUGUACUUAAUGGAUAUGUACAGCACCUGACAGUACAGUGUUUUUUUUUAAAUAAUUUUUAAUUGCCCAAUGAUGAUAUACGAGGUUGUGCAGUGGUUAGCAUUGCUGCCUCACAGUGCUGGGGCCUGGCUUGAUUUCCGGACCUGGGGUGCCAUCUG